AUGACCUCAAUGGACAAACACAAUCUCACCGGGCUGAAGGAAUUCAUCCUUCUGGGAAUCACAGACCGUCCAGAGCUGCAGAUUCCCCUAUUUGUGCUCUUCCUCGUCAUCUACUUGAUCUCACUGGUGGGCAACCUGGGCAUGGUCAUCCUCACCAAGAUGGACCCCAGGUUGCAAACACCCAUGUACUUCUUUCUCAGACAUCUGGCGCUCACGGAUCUCGGCUACUCCACCGCUGUGGGACCCAAAAUGUUGGUAAAUUUCCUUGUGGAACAAAAUAUAAUCUCCUUUUAUUGUUGUGCCACACAGAUGGCUUUCUUCAUAAUGUUUAUUAUUAAUGAACUUUUCGUUCUGGCAACAAUGUCCUAUGACCGCUAUGUGGCCAUCUGCAAUCCUCUGCUCUACACAGUUGUCAUGUCCCAACGGUUGUGUCUGGUGUUGGUGACAAUUCCCUAUAUCUACAGCACCUGUAUUUCUCUUCUAAUCACGAUAAAGCUUUUUAAUUUAUCCUUUUGCAAUUAUGUUGUCAAUCAUUUCUACUGUGACAAUCUGCCUGUGCUAUCAUUGGUCUGCUCGAAUACACAGGAGGUUGAGUUCCUGAUAUUGAUUUUCUCUGCUUUUAAUUUGAUUUUUACUCUUUCAAUAGUCAUUGUGUCAUACCUGCUCAUCCUCAUUGCUAUCCUCAGGAUGAAAUCAGCUGAGGGGAGACGCAAAGCUUUUUCCACCUGUGGAUCCCAUCUGACUGUGGUCACUGUGUUUUAUGGGACUUUGACAUUUAUGUAUGUUAAGCCCAAGUCCAGUCACUCCUUUGACACAGAUAAAAUGGCCUCUAUAUUUUAUACCCUCAUUAUCCCCAUGCUGAAUCCAUUGAUCUAUAGCUUGAGAAACAAGGAUGUAAAAUGUGCACUAAAAAAGCUAUGGAAAAAAGUAUGCAGUAUCUUUUCUUAA